AUGACAGAAUUUACAACGGUCGAGGGCAAUUCUCGCAGUCUCGGCGACUACAGCUUGCAACUGAACCGAUGGUUCCUGAAACCGAUAGGAGCUUGGCCACUACCAUCCGCGUCUACCUCGAGACUCGAAAGAAUUGUUUCCUUGAUUCUAAACUUCCUCUGUUAUUUUUUCGUGCUGUUCACCGUAAUCCCCUGUCUGUUUUAUCUCUGUCUGGAGGACGAGAGCGUUCCCGUUAAACUGAAAACGCUCGGCCCUUUCAGCCACUGGUUCAUCGGCGGGAUUAAUUACACCACGCUGUUGCUACGAGGCAAAGAGAUGCACAGCUGUAUAAAACAUGUACAGAACGAUUGGAAGAUCAUAACCAGGAAGGAAGAUCAGAAAGUGAUGGUGAAAUACGCCAAGAUUGGACGGUUUACAGCAGCUUUCUGCGCUGCGUUCAUGCAAGGUGGUGUUCUGUCGCAUUGUACCAUCUCGGCGUUUACCAAAGAGGUCAUCGAGGUCGGGAAUGAAACGCGGACACUGCGCGUGUUGCCUUGCAUCUCGUAUAAAAAGUUAAUUCCAGUCGACACCAAUCCAACGAACGCGAUCGUGCUUGCCUCGCAAUUCGUGUCCGGAUUUAUCGUGAAUUCGAGCGCAGCUGGCGCCGUCAGUAUCGCCGCUGUGUUCGCGGCUCACGCGUGCGGCCAACUGAGCAUCAUGACCACGUGGGUGAACGAAUACGUGACUCGAUCGAAGAAUCGUAAUACUAACGUCGGACUGAAGGAGAUCGGCAAGAUCGUCAGACAUCAUCUCAGGAUUCUCAAUUUUGUAACAGGUAUCGAAAACGUGAUGACCGAAAUAUGCUUUAUGGAAUUGUUCAAAUGCACGCUGAACAUAUGCAUGCUUGGAUAUUACAUUCUUACGGAAUUGAAAAAUCAUAAUCUCCAAAUUACGGCUGUGUACAGUGUGAUACUUUGUUCCAUGAUUUUCAACAUUUUCAUCAUAUGUUACAUUGGUGACACGCUAACGGAAAAGUGUAAAAACGUUGGAGAGGCAAUUUAUAUGACAAAUUGGUAUUAUUUACCUUACAAGGAUAUACUCGAUCUGGUUCAGAUAAUCCUGAGAUCCAGCAUGGUGAUUAAAAUCACUGCUGGUAAGCUAGUUCAUAUGUCCAUAUUCACAUUUGGCAGUGUAAGUAAUGAAAACAGCUUUCGCCUAUUUGAACCUGUUGCGGCAAAUGACGUGACAAAAUAUACACUUGACCUGUUAAUGAACAAAGUUGUAAAAUUUAAAAAUAUAUAA